CGUAAAUGGCGGACCUGGUACGACUUACUAGGCACGAGUUAAGGUAGAUAUAUAAGGUAGACGCGGCCCACCACGCCGACCAAGUACUCCUCCUAUUUAUAUGUCCGAGUAGCUAGUCGACACGUUGGGACGAGCGCGUUGGACAAGCCGCCGUCUGGAAUCUCGAAACAUGGCAUCCCAGAUCACAGAAUCGCUGGCGGUCGCCGCCUCCACGGCGGUUUCGCCGGACGCGGCAGCACCGUUGGCUACUGUCCGAUCCGGCAGCGGAAAGAACGACACGGAAAACGCAAAUAGCAAGGAAGCGGAGGUCGGGACGUCGACCCUGUCCGGCGACCCCUCGGAAGACGACGGCCAAUACUUCCACCAGCACAUCGUGAAGGACGGCCAACAGGUCCUGAUCAGCUGGACGAAGGAGGAGGAGAGGCGCGUCGUGCGCAAGGCCGACUACCUGUUCCUCCCCAUAUUUGCCCUCAUGUUCACGUGGAUGGCCAUCGACCGCACGAACGUGUCGGGCGUCCUCACGUCGACCUUCCUCCGGGACACGGGCAUGACGCGGGACCAGGCGAACACGGGCGUCUCGCUGCUGUGGUUCGGCAUCGUGCUGCUCGAGAUCCCGUCCAACAUCGUCCUGCACCGCAUCGGCCCGCACUACUGGAUCCCGCUGCAGGUCGUGGUCUGGGGCGUGAUCGAGGUGCUGCAGAUGUUCGUCCGCAACGCCAGCGGCUGGUACGCCGCGCGCCUCUUCCUCGGCCUCGGCGAGAGCGGCUUCAUCCCCGGCAGCCUCUACGUCCUCUCGCGCUGGUACACCCAGGACGAGCUCGCGAGCCGCACCACCAUCUUCUUCUUCGGCCCGUCCAUCUCCGCCGCCUUCGGCUCGCUCAUCUCCGCCGGCGCCCUGCGCAUCGAGGGCGCCGGGGGGCUCUUCGGCUGGCAGUGGAUCUUCCUCAUCUGCGGCGUUUCGACGAUAGCUACCGGCAUCCUGGCCUUCACGCUGGUCCCGGAGUCCCCGCACCACACGGGGCGCCUCCUCGGCGGGCUCGUCCCGUGGAGCGGGUGGCUCUCGGAGCGCGAGGCGGACGUGUACGUGGCGCGGAUCAUCCGCGCGGACCCGAAGAAGGGCCAGUCCUCGACCAUGAGCAUCAAGUUCAAAGACAUAACCGACGUGCUCUUCAGCUGGACGACGUGGCCGUACCUCAUCAUCUGCCUCAGCGGGCUGCAGUCCGUCGGCGGCCUGUCGACGUGGGGCGCGACCAUCAUCCAGUCGCUCGGGUUCACGAGCAUCCGCGCGAACCUGCUCAACGCGCCCGCGCCCAUCAUCGCCUCCUUCCUCGGCCUCGGCCUGUCCUCGCUCGUCGACCGGUACAAGCGCUUCGGCUACACCAUCGGCUUCGUCGCCGCCUGGACCAUGGUCGGGCUCAUCGCCCUCUACCAUCUCCCCGUCACCACCCACGCCUCGUGGUCCUUCUACGCCGCCUACGUCGUCACCGUCUCCGCGCCGAGCUGGCAGCCGCUCAACGUGACCUGGCUCUCGCUCAACUCGCAGACGCCGCAGAAGCGCGCCAUCGCCUACGCCGUCUACAUCGGCUGCUCCAACCUGGGCGGCACGUACGGCAACCAGGUAUUCCGCGGGUCCGACGCGCCCCUGUACCGCCGCGCCUGGAGCGCCUGCCUCGCGCUGGGCUCCGUCUGGCUCGCCACGCUGAUCGUCCAGACGGCGCUGUUCAAGUGGUUCAACCGGCGCUUCGCCGCCGCCGUGCGCGCCGCCGACGACCCCGCCGCCCUCGAACGCGACGCCCUGUACACCGACCGCCACGGCCGCAAGCACCGGUACUACUGGUAGGGCACCCCGCCGGCUGGCGGUCUUCCUGCUGGGAGGGGGGCGCGGAGACGAUGGGUCGCAGGCGGUAGGCAGAGAGGAAAUAGGAGCCGUGGAGCAGGCGGUGGUUGUAUUUACGCAGGAUUUCUCGGGGAGGAGGGGAGACGAAGGGCAGAUACGAAUUAGACGGAACUCGCGCGGCUUCGCUUUCUCGGUGUUUUUGAGCGCAGCACUAAGUUCU